GGGCCAUUUGCGCAGGAAGCGAGCGACUCCGUGCAGAUCCAAAAUGGAGGAAUGGAGGCAGUGUGUACAGUGGCUCAUAGAGUGUGGGGUUUUAGCCCCGACACACCGCGCCACAUGGCCAGAAGCACAAGUCUUCGACCUGGCCCAGACCCUGAGGGAUGGAGUGUUGCUGUGCCAGCUCCUCAACAACCUGAAACCCGGCUCUGUGGACCUGAGACAGAUCAACCUUCGGCCUCAGAUGUCCCAGUUCCUUUGUCAGAAGAAACAUCACACAUUUCUGGGUGCCUGCAGGACCAAGUUUGGGAUGGGCCCUGACGAUCUGUUUGAUGCACGUGUCCUGUUCGAGGUCACAGACUUCCUGAAGGUUAUCAAGACCUUGUCCAAGCUGUCUAACACACACCUUGCUAUCCAAGCAGGAAAACGGCCAUUCCCUAAUGCUAAUGCUAGAUAUGAAGAAGAGGAUGACGAUGACGACAUCUACAGAAACCUGGAAGACUUGGCCAAUGAAUGUGACCUGGCAGAUGAGGAUGACCUUUAUGACACCGUCCCUGUGGAAGAUGAGGACAUCUAUGGAGACAUUGUCGGAGUGCAACAACCCAUCCAGAAGUCACUAUCUGUCCAUGAGAAGAAGAACUAUGUGGUCAAAGAACUGCUGGACACAGAGAAGAACUAUGUGGAAGCUUUGAACAUGAUUGUGCAGUACUUCAUCCUGCCUCUGAGGAACAUCAUCUCCACAGACGAUGAGCAGAUCAUCUUCAUUAACAUACAGGACCUGUUCAAUGUCCACAAGGGUUUUCUCCAAGACCUGGAGAAGGCUUCGCGGCACCAGCACACAAACAACAUCAGCAAGUGUUUCCUGGACUGGAAGGACAGGAUGUUGAUUUACGGGCAGUACUGCUCCGACAUGCAGUAUGGGCAGGACCAUGUGGACAGUCUGUGUCAGAGGAAGCCUGAAGUCAGGACCAAAAUCGAGUCCCAGCUGCGCGGACUUGGGCAGGUACAACUGGAGGUCUGUACAGGACAAGUAAAUACAUGUCAGAUGGCGUGUAACCAGGGGAAGUUCCGCCUGAGAGACCUGCUGAGUGUGCCUAUGCAGAGGGUUCUCAAGUACCAUCUUCUGCUCAGGGAACUUAUCAAGCACAUUCAGAAAACCCCAAUGGCCCCCAAGGAAGAGAAGGAAGGACUGGAACAAGCACUAGCAGCUAUGCAGGAUUUAGCACAGUAUGUGAAUGAAGUAAAGAGAGAUAAUGAGACAGUAGAGACCAUCAGGAAGGUUCAAGAGAGUAUCACAGACUAUCCCGAGGGGAAAGACCUGUCAGAUUAUGGAAGACUACUGCGAGACGGAGAACUGAGAUUCAAGAACCAGAGAGAUAACAAUGUUCAGAAUAGAUACUGUUUCCUGUUUGACAAAGCCAUGGUAUUGUGCAAGCCACUUAGGAGAUCCAGUAGGAUGUCGGAAUAUAUCAUUCCCAACUGUCAGGGUGACACGUACAGCCUGAAGGAUGUGCUGGAGCUCAGUGAUCAGACCAUAGAUGAGUGUAGAAAUGCAGUACCUGAGAAGGGCUUCUUCGCCAGGGAUAGGUGGAAUCACUACUGGGAGAUGUCGGACAAGAGAGGAGCCUGUGGCUGGACGGUUUAUGUCAAGACGUCUGAGCUGAAGAGAAAAUGGCUGGAGGCAGUCAGCAUGGCACUGGAUAACCUGUGUCCCAGGCAGCUGACCCAGGGAAAGGGAGCCACUCACCAGUUAGAGAUGUACACAUUCAAGGAACCCACAAGAUGCAGUGUCUGCAGCAAGCUGCUCCGGGGCAUUUUCUAUCAGGGCUAUUUCUGUUCUGUUUGUGGCAAGAUGUGCCAUAAAGAAUGCAUAGGAUAUUUGGAGGCCUGCAAGACAGAUGCACCCCCUCCACCGCCUAGGGACUUUGAUGCACAGUCUCCCGCAAAAGUGAGAAUGACCCUCACCCCAGCACCAGUACUCCCACCAAGGAACCCGGUCAGCCCCAGGAUACCCACAGCACCCAGUCCGCUGGAAAACAGACACAUGAUAGUCCAGGCAGACAGGGCGUACCAUGGGAUCCCCCCUCCCCCCAUCGGGGACAGGAAGCCUCUGACGUUUAACGAUGGGGAGAGGAUAGAAACCACCAACACUACAGACCGCGAGUGGUGGGAGGGGAGAAGACUGAGGGACUUGGAAAGAGGCUGGUUCCCAAAGGACUGUGUGUCAGAACAUCAACCAAGGCAAGUAAGACGAUCGUCAACUGGGUUAACGUCAAAACGGCAAUCCAUAGGCUACGAAGAUGCGUUCCUGGGGGAGCAGAAUGAACGUAGGAAGUCCGCACCACAUGUGCAACGAGUUACAGUUGCAGAUUUAAACAAAUACACCUGGUACACAGGACAGAUGGAACGUGCAGAGGCAGAGAAGAUGUUGGAUAGUCUGUCUAUGGGGGUGUAUCUGGUCAGGGAAAGUGCUCGAAAGCCUGGACAGUGGGCUAUCAGUCUCAAGCACAAAAUGGUCAAGCAUAUCAAAGUCAACGAGCACAACGGCUGUGUCUUCAUUGCAGAAGCCAAGAUGUUUCCCAACAUUGUGGAGCUUGUGGAAUAUUACCAGAAGAACUCACUAGGCAGCAGCUUCCCUGGAUUAGACAUCACCCUGGCUACUCCUUAUAAGGAAUACAAGAAUCCCCAGAACAGGAACUCUAUGCCUCCAGCCAAUCCAGUGCCAACAUUAUCAAGAAGCAACAGGAGGUCUCGACAGUACCACCCCAUCGGCACCGCCAUGGCCAAGUACCAGUUUGCAGCGCGAGACAUGCGUGAGUUGUCUCUACAGGAAGGGGAGAAGGUGACCAUCCUCAGUAAGGCUGGAGGAGACCAGGGCUGGUGGAAGGGGCAGAGGGCAGAUGGAAAGAUGGGGUACUUUCCAUCAACAUAUGUAGAGGAGGUUGAUGAGUGAAGAGUGUAUUUCAAUGCUGAACCAUCCCUGAAUUUGGUGCACAGUUUUAGGAUAACAUUAUAUCCAUCUAUGCCACCAAGAUUGGUUUGGUUUGAGACAGAUCUCCAUUUGUGACUGAUAUGUCACUAUUCUUCCUGGAGUCCGGGUGAUUCGUAGAGAAUCACCAAUUCUAGACGGAAGGAUAACAAACAUUCUCUCUACCAAGAAACAAGAGGCCUUUUACUUUUGUAAGCUGCAAUAUAAUUUUAGCACUAGGUAAUUUGUGAGUGUAGUAUUGGAGGUAAGAGUGUACUAGUAUCUUCUCUACUUUCAUGCUUGCUCUGUAUAUCCAGGAUCUGGCAUACUGCUCCAUCUUGUCUUAUAGCUAGCCAUGCAGUUAUCUUAAGAAGAUUAUGCUACUUCCUGUGCUACUUGUGUAUUUCUUUUAAUGUAAGUUGAAGCUAAUUUCAUGUGUUUUAUUUUUGCAAUUGCAAUUCUGUCGGUGAAAUAUUCAUUUGUAUAUAAAAUCAAUGGUACUAUUAAUCGAAGCGAUGUAAACAUUCUCAUUAAAUGAUCUUCCUUAUACAUUUUAAGACACAGUAUGCUUGGUGUUCUGUAUAGGAUUUUUUUCUCUUGCUGUACAUUCCUGUCUCAUAUUAUAGUAUCCUACACUGAGUUGUUAAACUACUAGUACUUGAUACUUUGUUACACAAGUUAAGUAACCAUUAGGUAUUGUAUCUGAUUCUAUAUAUUCAUUUGUUAAAACAUAGGAGUUCUAUAAAACCAUGAUAGGAAAAGUGGUAUAGAUCUAUCUUUUACAAACAUUAGUUAGUGGUGUUAGUUAACUAAUGUUUAGUUAGUGAUGGAGAAACAUAGGAAACAAUGAAAAUGCAUACUAGGGACACAACGGACAAUAAUGAGUGAAAAUAUGAUUACUUGUGAUGCUCAGUUGUAUUAGUGAAUUAGACCAGAUAUGUGUUUGUAAAGGUGGAUGAUAUUAUGACCAUAAUGAAUUCUCUGUAGUUCAUAAUUUUACUGGUGUAAUGAGAUUCUUUACAGGUCUUUGUAACCUAUGUAUGAAAAGGAUGCUAUGUAUGAAAAGGAUGCUUGGUAAUUUUGAAAAUUACAAAAAGCUAUAAUUGUAUGCAGGCCUGAAAUUGCUGCUUAUAUCCAAUAUUUGCGGAAAUGGUUAUUGUGUGGAUGGGUAUGGUUUUGUGAAAUCUUGUUGCUCUUUUUUCUACUAGGUAAAAUUGUUAGGUACAUGUACUUCAGCAUAGUAGUAGUAGUAUCCAUAGGUAAUGCCUUAUACUGGCCUCAUCCUACUGCCAGAGAGCAGAAUUGUAUAGUUAACUGGUAGAUAUUUACAAAGGGAGUUUGACAAAUAGAUAGACAAGUAUGACAAAAACAUUUCCUUUGGAUGCCUUUUUAGAAUGAAAGGUGCUUUUUAAGAGAAAUCAAAAGAACUACACAAAAAGGGAACAUGGAUUGUAGUGUACAAGUGCUUUGCCCAACAUUUGGGCCUUCUGUGUUGUUGGUGUCAGUUGUGGGUGUAUGUUGAUAAUUAAGAUUUUUCCAUGAUGAUGAAACCAUAAUUUUGAAAAUGUGGAUAUUGUACAAAAUGUUCAUACUUAAAGCAAGUGUUGGAACUUUAUUACCAACAUAUUAAUCCAGGAUUAUGAUUGAUGAAUACUAUAACAUUAUAUAAGCAAGUUAUUGGUAUAUCCUCUUUUACUUGGUAGUAUUGAUAUGAAAAGUCAACUUUGAAGAACAUAUUUUACUCUACUUUGCAUGGGUGUAGUUCAGUAUACAUACCGUUAGGCCACACCAAUUUAAUUUGUUGCUUCUCAGAUUUCCCGACCCAUUUUUUUCUAUUUGGAAAAAAAAUUUAGUCCCAAGAAAAAUGAUAUGGGUUUACGUUAUGGUAAUAGUAGUAAUUAAAAAUAAGUAAAUGCAACACACAUAAUUUCAGUAUAAAAGCAAUUCCCUUUAUUCAGAACGGUGGUAUCAAAUUAAAGGAAGAGAUUAAUUGGAUAAGUCAUGCAAUGAAAAGCUGAAAACUUGACUACUGACCUUUUUUUGUGUUAUAUAAGCCUCAUACGUCGUAUGUUCACCCCAGACUUUUUGCAAAAUUUCAUUUUAUUUUUUUUUCCGACCGCCCGCCCCUAUAUUUUUCUGAAAAAAUCAGAGAAGCAACAAAUUAGAUUGGUGUGGCCUUAUCUUUGAAAGUUUCAAACAAGUGGAAUUGGAUGUAUAAGAAACAGCUGGAGUGCUUUGACUCUGUACAUUGGAAAAUAUACCUUUAAUCAGUCUGUGA